AUGUCUAGUUCUGUUCACGAUAUGAGCCCUAAUGGCUCUUCUUGGGAUCAUCGUCGCCGAUUCGCUACCCAACAGCACCUCUUACUAGAGGAAGAGGAUCCCUAUCUCCUCGCCGCUCAAGAUAUCCCCCAAGGAUAUCUACAGCACGGGCAGUCUAACGCCCAACACCUUUACAACAGUUCUUUAUCUCAAUAUAACUCAAAUCAAUAUGAUUCACCCUCUGCCUUCCAACAGCGCUCUCCUUCCUUUGCAUCAUCACCUAAUACGACUUCAAACCCAAAUCAAUCGUUGAAUCCCGCAUCAACCACGUUCACAUUCACUCCACCAGGCUAUGAUACUAAUUCUACUCGUCCUGGAUAUCAGACCGCCUUUCCAUCAGGAAUGAACGCGUCAACUUCUCCAGGUGCACACAAUCAACAACUCUCCGCGAUAUCCACCACCACUUCGGGUCCCGGGUUUCCUAUGCAGUUCCCGUACAGUCGUCAGCUACCUAUUCGCCAAUCUGAGAUCCAGUCGCAGAUCGUAGACAGUAUGAACGCGACCAUGGCUCAGCAAUUAAAGCGCCAUAGAGGCGAUGACGAUAACCACCAACCUCGUACUGUGAUGCCCGACCCGCAUGAACUCCAAGAGGCGAGCAAACCAAAACCAACGGGUGCUUGUGCUCGGUGCAAAAGCUUGAAGGUCCGAUGUGAAUUCAGGGGCGACAAUGAUACCUGCAAAAGGUGCACGGGUGCCGGUCAAGAAUGUGUCAUUCCGGGACGCAAACCACGCCGAACCCCACCGAAACGAGAGCACCUUCUGAACCAGAUUCGUGAACAAGCUGCUCAAAUCCAGGAGCUUAUGGCUCAGCUCGAUGUCACCAACCGACGAGCUGCAUCAGCCAGAGUCACCAGUCCAUCCAUCCAUAUGAUACCAAUAUCCCCAUCAUCCUCCGUCGAUAUGCAUUCUCCUACCCUCGAUCCCAACACCCCGGCAGAUUCCGCUCCACCCAAACCGGAAGUGCAGGAUUGGAUAGCAAAAGCACGUGAGUCAAUCGAGGCCUUUGGUGGCCUGAUUGCCCUUGGCGGUACAUCGUAUUCCAUGCUCGUUAAUGAAGACCCCGAGAAGUCCGCUGAUAGUGACGAGGAAGAGUACGGCUUUGACUUCGAAGACGACGACACUGAUGACGAGGGAGAUGGAUAUGCCACUGCAGAGGAAGGUGGACGCAGCCGUCGCUCACAGUCAAGGGAAAGGCUUUCGCCGACUGCGCUGGCCAAAAAGAAGGAGCUCGCUGAUAAAAAGUCGGGCUUGCUCCCACACGCAGAUAGUCCAUUUGGUUUGAUGGCCCACAUGGCCAACCGAACCAGAGGAAAGAGUGCGGAACCAGAACCUCAGGACGCUGUUGGCGUAGCGAAUGUUCAUUUCUUCAGACCAUCUCCUGCUCCCGAUUCUGUCCGCUCUAAUCCUUCAAUUAAUGGCCAGCAUCUUCCUCACAUCCUCACUCGCGAUGUCGUAACUGUAAAAGAUGUCGAAAUUCUGUUCAAACUAUACUUUGAUAAUAUGAACCCGUCGACAUCGUUGAUGGACCCCGUUCUUCACACUCCGCAGUACGUGAUUUUGAGAAGCCCGUUCCUAUUCACAGUCGUGUGUGCCGUCGCUUCUCGAUUCUACACCGAACGCCCAGGCCUCUACGCCGAAGUGAUGCGAUACGCACAGCUCGCGGCAGGCACUGCGCUUAUCACCGGUCCCAAGAAUGAGGAGAUGUGUCUAGCUUACCUACUGUUACAGCUUUAUCCUGUUCCAUCACGACGCUGGGAAGAGGAUCGCAGCUGGGUGUACCUUGGUGUCGCAAUCCGACUGGCCCAGGACCUCAACCUGAAUAGGCCUUCGACUGCAACGCCCCUGAAUGAACACCACGCCCGUGUCCUUCUCAAUCGCACGCGGGUCUGGAUCAACUGCUUCAACUUGGACCGGUCGACUGGCGCUCAGUACGGCAAAGCGCCCAUCAUUCCCAAUUCCGAUUAUAUCGCCAACCAUUUGCACGAUUGGUGGUGCUCCUCCAAGUAUAAUUUCGAGGACUUUGACAUUCAACUCUGUAUCUACUCCAUGGAGCUCAAUAUCACCGCAAAAUUCAUGGAGAAGAUUCGCAGCGACCCAAAUCACCCGCUCGGACUCAACAAGUCUGCGAAUUUCACUCAGAUCGCUAGUGAAACCGACGACGAAUUGGCACGCGUCGGCGCACAUUGGUUCAAUCAGUUAGAUGGCAUCGAGCCGAAAAGCCCCAUGUUUAUUUUCCGCACUGGUCUUUUGAAAAUGGCCUUCAGCUACUCCCGUUUGGUCGUCCUUUCUUCUGGCCUGCAGCAUGCCAAGGAAGACCACUUGGAUGAAAAUUCAUUCUUGAUGAGGUGUUUUACGAGGGCAUCCGAUGUCAUCAAUGCUUUUGUUCACCGAUUGUACACUACCAAAGAAGAAAGAGUUUUACUACGCCACGCACCCGAUGCGCAAUAUGUGUUUGUCAGUUUCGCUGGUGCCUUUCUUGUUAAACUUUUGCAAUUGAAGUACGCGCACUACUUCACGCAUGACCAACGAGUCGAGAUUCGGGACCUCGUUCAAAAAACGGUUGAUCUCCUCGGGGCUCCGGACGUAGCUCUCGACGAGAAGCACGGGCCUUACCUAUACUCUCGCUUCCUGGCUGGCCUACUGGCUAGUCCCGCGGUCAGGGUCGACCUGAGCCCGACCUCGGGGAAGUCACCCCUGACCAGCCCCAAUGCCUACAAGCGAGCUCGCAAGCCGAAGAUCUCGCCUACCAAGAUUCGUAACGGUCCAGCCGCAGACAUUUCUACGUCUAAUGACUAUCCAUCUCCAUCCUCUGCCCAGUCCAGUUCUCCUUCUCCUUCAUACCUGUACCCAGGCGCGGAAAACUUUUCGGGAGCCCUGUUACAGGACCAAGCGGCAUCGCUUGCGGGAUCGUCAUCUGAAAUGUUCCAUGGCCCGUUACCGAUCACUUUAGAUGCCGAUCUUUUAGAAUCAGCACAGAUCAUGGCUGAUCCUUUGUGGCAGAAUACCCUAGUCCCCGGUUUCCAGUGGAUGAAUCAAAUGUCAUACAAUACUACUGUAGCCCAAGAUUAUUCGAUGUACGAACCACAAUAUGGUUCGAUGUCAUGA